AAUAAAAUAAAAAAUGUCGUAGUGGGGAACAGGAAGUUCCGGGUCGAAACGACAGAACUGUGUUGUUUUGUCGAUAGUGGUUGUGUCCGUUUCAAAUGUAUCAUUGUAGGUAUGUAAUAGCAUGUUUAAACUAGCUAAUGUCGAGAGAAUAUAUAAUACGAUAGGUAACAAAUCAGUCAAGGUAUUAUCACGUUUGGUAAAGGUUUUAAUUGUAUGUGUUAUUUUGGGGUCAAACUGAGUGAGUGAAGAACGUGUAAAAAAAUAUUUUACAAGUCGCAUAACUAGACUUUGGGUUUAUCUGAGUGUAUGUACAUAAUUUCGUCAAAGUAAUUUCAUAAAGAUUACGUGAUGAAGUGUCAAAAUAGAGGGAAGCUAACUGAAGUUAUCCUUCACCAUUUGGAGAGAGAUGCCAACUGCAUGGAAUGGCGUCGAUUAAUGAGGAUGAAUCGGUUCACGUAUCAAUCUCAUUCCACGGAGGACGGAGUGUCUGCGGGUUUUCGCUCCACCCUUGUACUUGAUUAAUGAAUUAAGUCCGACUCAGAUUAAGUCUGAGGCCGUUAACAUCAACAGUGAGGACAAACCCAGCCUGCCACUCUCCUUCCACACUGAGUAGAAACCUACAGUCACUGGGUCCUGAUUGUGACAGUGGAGUCCAGUUUGCUCUGCAGGAUUCAGAGAUGGCAUCAGUGAAGCUGGAAGACUGCAGUCCAACACUGGAGCUGAAUGUCAUCAUUAAAGAUGAAGAAGAGGAGGAGAAGAUUAGGACAACUGUUAGUCAUGGAUACCAUGUUGAGACAUUCUCCACAUCCAGAGAGCAACAGCAGGAAGACCAGAGAGCUAAGAGGUCUCAUCACUGCCCACAUUGUGAAGAGAUUUUCCCAUUUCUAUCAAAGCUAAAAAUACACCUAAAAAUACACACAGGAGAGAAGCCUUACUCCUGCUCUGACUGUGGAAAAUGCUUCAAAACAUCAACGGUGCUAAAACGUCAUCAGAGAACACACACAGGAGAGAAGCCUUUCUUCUGCCCUGACUGUGGAACUAGUUUCUCUCAGCUUUCCCACUUAAAAUCACAUGAACGUAUACAUACAGGGGAGAAGCCAUACUCUUGCUCUGACUGUGGGAAAUGUUUUAAAACAUUAUAUGAGCUAAAAGUUCAUCAAAGAACACACACAGGAGAGAAGCCUUACGUCUGCUCUGACUGUGGGGUUAGUUUCUCUCGACUGGAUAACUUAAAAACACACCAACGUAUCCAUACAGGAGAAAAACCUUACUACUGCCCUGACUGUGGGGAGAGAUUCUCUCAAAAGACCAACUUAAAAGUUCACCAGAGAACACACACAGGAGAGAAGCCUUACUUCUGCUCUGACUGUGGGAAGAGUUUCUCUCACCAGAUCAACUUAAAAACACACCAACUUAUACACACUGAUGAGAAGCCUUACUUCUGCUCUGACUGUGGAAAAUGCUUCAAAACAUCAACUGAGCUAAAAGUUCAUCAGAGAACACACACAGGAGACAAGCCGUAUUACUGCUCUGAGUGUGGAACUAGUUUCUCUAAAUUUUCCAUCUUAAAAACACAUGAACGUAUACAUACAGGAGAGAAGCCUUACUUCUGCUCUGACUGUGGAAAAUACUUGACAACAUCAACUCAUCUAAAAGUUCAUCAGAGAACACACACAGGGGAGAAGCCAUACUCCUGCUCUGACUGUGGAAAACGUUUUAAAACAUCAAAUGAGCUAAAAGUUCACCAGAGAACACACACAGGAGAGAAGCCUUACGUCUGCUCUGACUGUGGGGUUAGUUUCUCUCGACUGGAUACCUUAAAAACACACCAACGUAUCCAUACAGGAGAAAAACCUUACUACUGCCCUGACUGUGGGGAGAGAUUCUCUCAAAAGACCAACUUAAAAGCACACCAACAAAUACAUACAGGAGAGAAGCCUUACUCCUGCUCUGAUUGUGGGAAGAGUUUCUCCCUAUCGGGUACCUUGAAAUCACAUGAACGUAUACAUACAGGAGAGAAGCCUUACUACUGCUCUUUCUGUGGAAAAUGCUUCAAAACAUCAACUGAGCUAAAAGUACAUCAGAGAACACACACAGGAGAGAAGCAUUACUACUGCUCUGACUGUGGAAAAUGUUUUAAAACAUCAACUGAGCUAAAAGUACAUCAGAGAACACACACAGGAGAGAAGCCUUACUUCUGCUCUGACUGUGUAAAAUGCUUCAAAACAUCAACUGAGCUAAAGGUUCACCAGAGAACACACACAGGAGAGAAGCCUUACUUCUGCUCUGACUGUGGGAAGAGUUUCUCUCACCAGAGCAACUUAAAAACACACCAACGUAUACAUUAACUUCAUGUGGGUACCUGGGACGGUUGCGUCCCACCUGGUCAACAUCCGGUGAAAUUGCAGAGUGACCAAUACAAAUUUAAUUACUAGAAAUAUUUACAUUUCAUGAAAUCACAAGUGUAUUACAUCAAAAUAAAGCUUAACUUGUUAAUCUAGCCGCCAUGUCAGAUUUCAAAAAGGCUUUAACGCGAAAGCAAACCAUGUGAUUAUCUGAGGACGGCGCUCAGCACACAAAACAUUACAUACAGUUACCAGCCAAGUAGACUAGUCACAAAAGUCAGAAAUAUGAUGAUCUUCAUAUGGUUGCACUCACGAGACUCCCAGUUACACAAUAAAUGUUCAUUUUGUUCGAUAAAGUCCCUCUUUAUAUCUUGAAACCUCAAUUUUUCUCUGAGACCAGGUUGUCCCUCUGCAGUAUUCUGUGGGAAGGAGCUAGUAUACACUUUUUUAUUGAACCUCUAUUUAACUAGGCAAGUCAGUUAAGAACAAAUUCUUAUGUACAAUGAUGGCCUAGGAACAGUGGGUUAACUGCCUUGUUCAGAGGCAGAACAACAGAGUUUUACCUUGUCAGCUCGGGGACCUUUUGGUUACUGGCCCAACACUCUAACCACAAGUCUACCUUCCGCCCCUAACAUGUAUCAGAUAGAGAUGGUGUGAUGAUCACUUUUCACCACUAGUUUGGGGGGAUUAUUUUACAACUUUAUUUAAUGAUACACAGUUUAUGAAAUGAAUCCAUGUGUUUAUUAAUUGUCUUUCAAACUAGAUGAGUUAUUUUAGUUACUGAUCAUGAAUGUGUUUGGAUAACUGCAUUGAAGCAAACUUUAUUGAUCUGCCAAUGAAAAAUAAAGCUACAUGAAUAUGUA